GUACACCUAUGACAAAAAUUAUGGAAAUGCUCUGGAAAUAUACUUAACGUUAAGACAUAAAGAUGUUUUCCAGCUGAUACACAAGCAUAAUCUUUUCAGCUCCAUCAAAGAUAAAAUAGUUUUGUUAAUGGAUUUUGAUUCAGAGAAAGCUGUUGACAUGCUUUUGGACAAUGAAGAUAAAAUUUCAAUUAAAAAAGUAGUAGAAGAAUUAGAAGACAGACCAGAAUUGCAGCAUGUGUAUUUGCAUAAGCUCUUCAAGAGAGACCAUCAUAAGGGACAACGCUACCAUGAAAAACAGAUCAGUCUGUAUGCCGAGUAUGAUCGGCCAAACCUCCUUCCCUUUCUCCGAGACAGUACCCAUUGUCCACUUGAAAAGGCUCUUGAGAUCUGCCAACAAAGAAACUUUGUAGAAGAGACAGUUUAUCUCCUGAGCCGAAUGGGAAACAGUCGAAGUGCCCUCAAGAUGAUUAUGGAGGAAUUACAUGAUGUUGAUAAAGCAAUCGAGUUUGCCAAGGAGCAAGAUGAUGGAGAACUCUGGGAAGACCUGAUUCUGUAUUCCAUUGACAAACCACCAUUUAUCACUGGCUUACUAAACAACAUUGGCACACAUGUGGAUCCGAUUCUACUAAUCCAUCGUAUAAAGGAAGGAAUGGAGAUUCCCAAUUUGAGAGAUUCCUUGGUUAAAAUUUUGCAAGAUUAUAACUUGCAGAUUCUGCUUCGGGAAGGCUGCAAGAAAAUCCUCGUUGCUGACUCUUUGUCGUUACUGAAGAAAAUGCACCGAACCCAAAUGAAAGGAGUUCUGGUCGAUGAAGAGAAUAUCUGUGAAUCGUGCCUCUCACCCAUCCUCCCAACAGAUGCAGCUAAGCCCUUCAGUGUGGUGGUCUUCCAUUGCCGACACAUGUUCCACAAGGAGUGCCUGCCCAUGCCAAGCAUAAACGCUCCUGCACAAUACUGUAACAUCUGCAGUGCUAAGAGCCGUGGACCCGGAAGUGCCAUCCUCGACAUGAAGAAGUAGUCCUGCCUGCCUGCCAUACAGCAUGCCAUUUGCAGCUCUGCUCCAGGUGGCUGCUGGGCCGCAGCAGCCGUGUUGAUACCAGUGCUGUCCGGGGCUAACAUGCGCUCUGCAUCAGUUGCCUCUCUAGACCUACCGUCCAGAAACUUAUUUUUGUCACUGAUGGAGAAGUCAAGGCUGUUCCGUGCUGUGAAACAUUUGGGUUUAUAAUCAACGCUUCAUGGUUUGUUUAUUUUGUUCAUCUAGUUAGUAAUUGAAAACCUAAGUCUCAGAGUCGAAAAUGACAUUGUGACUUAUCACAGCACCAGGCCGGAAGUGCACUACUGAGAACAUUGCAGGUGCAGUCAGCCAGAAGCUCUGCUAAAAACAAUUCUGGCAUUCCUGGCUUCAUUGUUUAUAUAUCAUCAACUGUGGUUAGCUUCCUGAAACACUGAAAACUCACUCAUUCAGUGACCUAUGGGAUACCAUUACCUGAUGUCCUGCAACUUUAUGUUUGCUACUUACAUGCUGUAUGUUCUUAGAGUAGAGUAAUCUUAUCAGGUAUUCAGUGUUUGUUGAAUGAAUAAAUGUUGUCCUUCUCAUUGUGAAA